AUGGCAUUAAACAUGAGAAGACAGUGUCUGGCACAAAAUGGAAUUGCUGAGAGGAUGAACAAAACCAUUAUAGAGAAGACAUUCCAGAGAGAGCAUGGAAGGGACAUGAUCCCAUUUAUUUAUAUCUUAGAGUCUUUAGGAGCAAGGCUUACAUGGAUGUGCCUAAGGAAUAGAGAUCAAAGCUUUAUUCGAAGACCAAUCCAUGUGUUUUUGUUGGGUUAUAUUGAUGAUGAUGAUCUUGAUGAGUCUUCGUCUGACAAAGAAAUUCAUGAGGAAGAUGCAUAUGAGGAAAUGAUUCAUGGAGAAGAUCAUGAGGAGGGGGAGCAAUUUAUUCCUCAAGUGGAGAAUAGUCAGGCUCAAAAUUCCACCACAGUACGUAAACCUUCAACAAGGCCAAUUGUGAUCUUAGUUCCUUUCCUUAGAGCCUUUCUUCUUAUCUCUGCCGUAGCCUCUUUUUCUCUCUUCCUUCACCUAACUUUUACCGACCAAACCCCUCCUUGUCGUGGCUGUUACGACGCAUACCGGUAUUCGAACCACCGGAAGGUGAAGGCUUUCGCUGCCGGAGAACAACCAACGAAUAUUUCCCAUAUUGUGUUCGGCAUUGGUGGCUCCGUUAAGACGUGGAACGAGCGACGCCAUUACUGCGAGCUAUGGUGGAAGAAGAACGUUACUCGUGGGUUUGUUUGGCUUGAAGAGAAGCCUGAAUUUCCCUGGCCGGAAUCCUCUCCUCCUUACCGAAUCUCCGAUGACACCUCGAGAUUCAACUACACUUGCUGGUAUGGUUUUCGAUCUGCAAUUCGAGUGGCUAGAAUAAUCAAGGAGACAUAUGAAUUGGGGUUGGAGAAUGUGAGGUGGUUCGUGAUGGGGGAUGAUGAUACAGUAUUCUUUACGGAGAAUUUGGUGGAUUUGUUGGGUAAAUACGAUCACAAUCAAAUGUUUUAUAUCGGAGGUAAUUCUGAGAGUGUGGAACAAGAUGUAGUUCAUUCUUACACCAUGGCCUACGGUGGUGGUGGAUUCGCCAUCAGUUACCCUCUCGCGACGAUGCUCGUUAAAAUUUUAGACGGUUGCAUCAAUCGUUAUGCUGAUAUGUAUGGCUCCGAUCAGAAAAUUCAGGGCUGCAUCAGCGAGAUCGGCGUUCCGAUUACCAAAGAGCUUGGAUUCCACCAGUUGGAUAUAAGAGGGAACCCAUAUGGAAUAUUAGCUGCACAUCCAAUAGCGCCAUUAGUGUCGCUCCACCACCUGGACUACGUGCAGGCCAUAUUCCCAACCAUGAACCAACCCGACGCACUCAAGAAGCUCCACAACGCUUACAAAACGGACCCAAGUCGAGCCCUUCAGCACAGCUUCUGCUACGACACGACUCGUAACUGGUCCGUUUCCGUGUCGUGGGGUUACAGUAUUCAGUUAUAUCCAUGGCUGGUCACUGCCAAGGAACUCGAAACCGCAUUUCUUACCUACCAAACCUGGAGGACAAAUAGCAAUGAACCCUUCACUUUCGAUACCCGACCCGUAAGCUCCGACCCAUGUGAAAGACCCAUUCUUUAUUUCUUGGAUUCAGCCGAGCGAUUGGGCGGCCGCCGGUGGCGGACGUUGACCACCUACCGGAGGUUUAUGGAGGAGGCUGUGUGUGACCGCCCCGAUUACGCUCCUGCAUUGGCUGUGGGAUCUUUCAACGUCUCCGCGCCGGAGUUCGACCGUCGUUUGUGGAGGCAGGCACUUCGUAGACAAUGUUGUGAUAUCGUUCACAAUAAUAAGAAUACAAUCGAUGGACAGAUGAAAGUUCAUAUUAAAGAUUGCAGUCAAUUUAAAAGUGUUACGCCACCAUAA